AUGGAUCAGUUGUCAGGAUUUCGUAUAGCCAAUGUGCUAUACAAGAAGAGUCUGCUGAAUGCAAUCGCCGCUGCUGCUGCGCUGUCCAUCUUUUUCUUUGGUUAUGACCAAGGUAUGAUGGGUGGUGUCAACACCUCGGCUGACUACGCUCAACUCAUGGGUUUUGGGCACGUCGACGAGGCUACUGGGAGGGUUGUUGUAGAUGACUCUCUACUUCAAGGAGGUAUCGUCGCCGUCUACUAUCUCGGAACACUAUUUGGAGCCUUCCUCGGUGGCUGGGUAGGAGACAAGGUCGGCCGUGUUCGUACCAUCGCACUCGGUGCCAUCUGGGCAAUCCUGGGAGCCGCUCUGCAAUGCUCGGCUCAAAACCACGUCUGGAUGAUCUGCGCGCGUACGGUAAAUGGCAUCGGUACUGGCAUCCUCAAUGCAAUUGUGCCUGUUUACAGUACAGAGUGCUUUGAACAUACCUCGCGUGGUAUGUUCAUUGCUAUCGAAUUCACGCUCAACAUUUUUGGUGUUGCUGUGGCAUAUUGGUUGGAGUUUGGGUUGUCCUUUAUCGACGGAGGUCGCGGAGCGUUCCAGUGGCGCUUCCCUAUUGCUUUCCAAAUCAUCCCUCUGCUCGCACUUUUCGGUAUCAUCUGGUUCUUCCCAGAAUCUCCCCGUUGGCUUUGCAAGGUUGGCCGUGACAAGGAAGCAAGACACAUUCUCGCACGUCUUCGUGGCGACGAAGGUGAGGACAAGAUUAGAGCCGAAUCUGAGUUUCAAGACAUCAUCAACAUUGUUCAACUGGAGAGAAGCACGUCAAAGCAAAACACCUACUGGAGAAUGCUACUCGACUUUGGCCAUGGAAGCUCUGGAAGUUUGCACACUGGUCGCAGAGUACAGAUUGUCAUCUGGCUGCAGAUUCUUCAAGAAUGGUGUGGUAUUGCUGGUAUCACUGUAUAUGCUCCUACCAUUUUUGGCAUUGCUGGAUAUGAUGCGCAAAAGAGUGGUUGGUUGUCUGGUCUCAAUGACACUACCUACAUGCUCGCUACCCUAGUCUGUGUCUUCACGCUUGACAGAAUCGGUAGAAGGUGGACUUUGUACUGGGGUGCUGUGGCCCAAGCCAUCUCCAUGUUCUUGAUCGGUGGAAUGUCUCGCGGUGGUAUUAAUGCUGCUAACAGUGGAAACACUGCUUUGGCUGCAAGAUAUGGAGCAGCAGCAGCCAGUUUCACCUUCAUCUACACCGCAGUCUUUGGUGCAACCUGGCUGACAGUACCCUGGUUGAUCCCCGCCGAGAUUUUCCCUCUGGAGGUCAGAGCCAAAGGCAAUGCUUGGGGAGUUGUCGGCUGGUCCAUUGGUAAUGGCUGGCUCACUCUUCUCUGUCCCGUCAUGUUCGACAGCAUUGGAGAAAAGACCUUUUACAUUUUUGCUGCGUCAAACGUCAUCUCGAUACCUUUGGUCUACAUCUUCCUCCCAGAGACCAAUCAACGCACACUGGAAGAGGUCAACAUUCUUUUCUCGGCUUCGACGCCUUUUGCUUGGGAUGCAGAGAAACACUCUGCAGAGUUCCAGGCAGGAAACCCGACUUAUGUCGCUGGUAGCCGUGGCAAUUCCAUCACGGAUCCGGAGACUGGAUUGCGUGGUAAGGCCAGGGACUCGACUGAUUUGGUAGAGACCAUGAAAGAGAAGGAUAACAUUUGA